AUGCACCUGAACACACCUCCUGCUUUCAUCGAGAUGUCGACUUCUUCUGAGGCUCGGAGAGUUGUUAAUGAGCUGGCCUGUCAGCGAGUCGUGAUCAACAACCACAGAAUCUGUGCCUACAUCUCCACCACGUACAAGAGACUCAGCGAGGGUCUACACAGUUGGCCGGUUCCAGUGGUCGAGGACAAGGAGGAUAGGAAGGAGAGCAAGAAGAGCGAGAGACGAAGCAGGGACAAGUCUGACGAGAGGAAGUCUACGGGGAGGAAGGAAUCCUCGAACAAGACUCCAGAGAAAGAGUCCAUGUCUAAGAACACACCAGAGAAAGACUUGUCUAAAGAGACUCCAGAGAAAGAGUCCAAGUCCAAAACUGUCAAAGAGAAAUCUUUAGAAAAGGAGUCCGCGUCACAGACUCCAGAGAAGAAGCCAGAAGCGAAAAAGACUCCAGAAACUGAACCUGUUGCCAAAGCCGUGUCAGAAAAGACCACCAGAACAAGACCGGAGAAAGACUCGGGCAGUAAAACCACUUUAGAAAAAGAAUCUUUGUCUAAAACGAGUCCAGAAAACAAGGCGUUAAAAAGAAAAAGACCCACGAGGAAGACUCUAUAUCAAGAAGAGACAGAGGAGUGUAAAGACAAACCUACUUCAAAGAAGGAUGUAUGUAAAGGCAAAAAUACUCCAAAGAAGGGCAUAUGUAAAGGCAAAACGACUCAAGUGAAAGACGAGUGUGAGGACAAAGAGAUUUCAGAGACAGAUGGGUGUAAAGAAAAACAUACUCCAGAGAAGGACGUAUGUAAAGGCAAAAAGACUCCAAAGAAGGCCGUAUGUAAAGCCAAAAAGACUGCAGACACGGACAAGACUCAAAAAAACCCUGAAGUUCAGGAGGAGACAUUUGAACCAGGAUCGAAGCAUUCGGAGCGUGAGGAUCAACCAGACUCUACUGGAGAUUCUCUUAAAAAGACGCUGGCUAAAAGUCCUCAGAAUGCUGCUGCUGUUGGGCUGCAGGACUCGGAGCAAGAGCCUGGACCCACAGGGGGUGCUGCAGAGCUGCAGGACUCGGAGCAACAGCCUGGACCGGCAGGGGGCGCUGUAGAGCUGCAGGACUCGGAGCAAGAGCCUGGACCCACAGGGGGUGCUGCAGAGCUGCAGGACUCAGAGCAAAGGCCUGGACCUGCAGGGGGCGCUGUAGAGCUGCAGGACUCAGAGCAAGAGCCUGGACCUGCAGGGGGCGCUGCAGAGCUGCAGGACUCAGAGCAACAGCCUGGACCUGCAGGGGGUGCUGCAGAGCUGCAGGACUCAGAGCAAGAGCCUGGACCUGCAGGGGGCGCUGCAGAGCUGCAGGAACCCACCAGACCUGUUGGAGUGGAGUUUAUUCGACCGGUUGUUGGUUACUUCUGUAACUUGUGUCAGCUGAUCUACGCUGAUGAGGACGAAGCCAAACUGCAGCACUGCAGAAGCCAGACACACUACAGGAAGUACCAGGAGAAGACGGGGAAAGAUCCGUGGACCAACACGACAUGAUAAAAAACAUACAGACUUUGAUUCUUUUAUUCUUCUGAUUUCUUGUUGUGGAACUUGUAUCAGCAUCAGUUUGAAUUAAUUUAAACAAAUGUCUGCAGCAGGAACAUCAGAUGAACACGUAGUUUUGAUUUGUUAAAGAUAGAGAAUACUACGGCAGUUUUAAAAGCUGCCGUGGAAACAUCUGGAGCCACUUAUUUCUGUUCAAAUGAAUAUUUAAGUUUUGUCACAUGAAUGUUUUAU